CUAGGGUGUCAGGUUAAGGUUGACAUGUUGCUUUGUAACUGGUGUUUAUGUGUACGGUGAGCGUGGGUCACUUUCAUUCAGCGGACACACAAUCCAACUCUCUAUUGAUGUGUCUCUCGUAAUUGUCGGGUAGACACAAACUGACAACCCCUGCUUGUUUAUCAUAACACAGGAUAAGGACUCCAUCAGCAGUACAGAAAUGUCCAACUCAGUUGCGAAGGGGGAGACCGUCCGACGGAUUGCCGAGCAGCUAGGAAAGACCGUGGCUCCAACAGAAUCAUCUACCAAGAACGGAGGCGAAUUUGAUGAAGAAGGCAAGAUGAUAGAGAAAGAAAAAGAGAUUUUAAACUCAACAGAGAACGCUUUCCUCGAAAAGAUUCGACUGCAGAGACGGAUAAGUAUGGUCAACAAAAUACACACACAGCGAGAAAGACUGCAAACUGAAAAAUCGUAUCUCAAUAAAAUGUUGUCAGACCUACGAGCACAUCGGCUAGAACUUAAAGACAAGAAAAUGUUGUGCCGAGAACCAGCUGAGAAGAGGAAAUUAGACAACAAUUUUCGAGAAAUUGAUCUGGAAAUUAAUCAAACGGAAGAGGAAUUACAAGUUGUGAAUGCGCAGCUAGAAAAAUUAACACUUGACUUAGAUGAUGCAAGAGAAGAAAUGGAUAUAUCAUUAGAAACUAUGUCAGGUGAUUCAGAAGAUUACUUUGACUGCCAGGAGGAAGGUUCUUCACAACUUAGUAACAAAUCAUCCAAACACAAUAACACAGAAUCAUCGUCAGAACGACGGAAACCAGUACUACAACAUGCAAAGAUGUUUGAGGCGAUGGCAAGGAAAUAGUUUCACUCUUA